AUAAGACUGGAACAAUACAAGGAUGAUCCUGUCACUACGUUUGGGGAGAUGCAGAUCGAAAGGUCAAGGCCAGGAAGACACACAACUGGUUUCUGUGCGCAGAUGGAAGAGAAAAGCUCCAAACAGACCUGUGGAUUCACUUGAGUGUCUUUAAAACACUGUUGAACAAAAACAUGAUGAUUGUUCUGCUGAUCACUUGUCUGCUACAGAAGCCUCCGACUGCUGCCGGUGAAGCCUUGGACCCCUGCUCUGCCUACAUCAGCCUGAAUGAACCGUGGAGGAACACGGACUUCCACGUCAACCAGUCGUCUGGGGUUCCUCUGUGUGACAGCCACAUGUCUGGUGAAUGGUACCGAUUCACCGGCAUGGCUGGAGAUGCCAUGCCUACCUUCUGCAUCCCUGAGAACCACUGUGGCACCCAUGCACCCAUCUGGCUGAAUGGCAGCCACCCUCAUCGUCAGGAGGGCAUUGUCGGCCUGUCGGUGUGUGUCAGCUUCAACGACAACUGCUGUCAGUGGAACGCCAGUGUGGAGGUGAAGGCCUGUGCUGCAGGGUACUUUGUUUAUCGUCUGCCCAGACCUUCCGUCUGUUUCCAAGCCUACUGUGGCCAUUUCUACGACAUCUGUGAUGAGGUUGAAUGUACAGGACCCCCCUGUCCUAAGAUGGACUGUCGCUGUGGACGUGGAACUGUUCUGGGACCAGAUGGACAAACGUGUCUGGAUGUAAAUGAGUGUGAAAAUGGAAACGGUGGCUGUGCUGAGGUGUGUGUGAACACCAAAGGCUCCAGGCGCUGUGAGUGCGGUCCGGGCCGCGUGCUGGAUCAGGACGGACGCCACUGCAGAGAGAUAGCAGGCUGUCAUGUUAACAAUGGAGGCUGCAGCCACGGCUGCUCCUCACUGCAGGACUCGUAUCAGUGCCACUGUCCCAGGGGGCUGGAGCUGGGAGUGGAUAAACGCACAUGUCAGGUGCCUGUCCAGUGUGAUUCCACCUCUAUUACUGUGUCAGUCCCCAAGGACCUUGUCGGCGGACUGGAGCUCUUCCUGUCCAACUCGUCAUGUCGUGGUGUCUCUAACGGCACACACAUCAAUCUCAACUUCAGCCUGAAGACCUGCGGCACAGUGGUGGAGGUGACCGAUGAUAAAAUUGUCGGCACAAACCUGGUGACAGGUCUUCCCAGGAGCAGCCGAGGCAGCAGCAGGGACCUGAUCGUCCGCACCAGUAAGUUAGUCAUCCCCAUCACCUGCGAGUUCCCCAGAGAGUACCAUGUGUCGGACAGAUACCAGGCCAGUGUGCGGAGCUCUGCCCUGAAGCUUGUCGCUCACAGUGAGGGAGACUUCCCCUUCUUUUUGGAACUCUUCAAGACGUCAGAUUUCUCUGAGGUCUACAGCUCCCCUCCUCAACUCUGUCUGCAAGACUCUCUGUUCUUUGGAGUGGAGCCCAAGGAGAGGGUGGAGGGUCUGUCUGCACUGGUGGAGAGCUGCUUCGCCACACCAGGACCCAAUGCUGACCAGGCUGUGAAGUAUUACCUCAUCAAAGAUGGGUGCAUCUCCGAUGAAGCAGUGACACAGUACUCAUCCAAGGACCAGCUCUCCAAGCACUACCAGGUUCCUGUCUUCAAGUUUAUUGGCACAGACAGCCAACAAGUCUUCCUACACUGCCAGGUGUUAGUGUGCAGAUCAGGAGACUCCCGUUGUGUCCAACGAUGCCGCGGACGUGUACGACGGGGGAUUAGAACCAGUGAAGCCUGGGACCGACACACACUCAGAGGAGGACCCAUUUACAUCCUGCCAUAGUUGGAGAAGUGAUGCAACGACAGAGAAAACCCUAGGACAAGUCUGCCGCACAUGUUGUAAUCAAAGACAUUUAACAUCAUGGUUUGUUAAUUUUACAGAACACACACACACACACGUGAACACCGUGUGUGUCAGGUUGUGGUCCCCAGGUUCUUAUCAUUUAUCAAGUAACUGAACACAAUUAAACUGUUCAGUGUAUACAGUUACAGUAUACAGAAUAAUAAUCUGUAAGAAGGUUUUGUAAAACAAACUCCACAAGAUGUUUCUAUUGGUUGAUAUCUGGUCAUAUACAAACACAGGAAGUUCCUCAUGUGUAUAUACAGUAUGUAAACACAUGCGGAGGACAAACUGUCUUCUUCCACUCAACAUCACCCACAUCACCCUCAGAUCACUUUAAUUCUACUUAAUGCAUCCCUGCAUCUGCCACUUUGCCUGGCAGCACAAUUUACUGACAUUAAACUAAAUGGCAUUUCUAUUAGGGACGAUUCAGAGGGGCCACAGUUCAUUUGUUACAGCCACAGCAUCGCAACUGCUUUUCUGGGUCACACUUUCAGCUCUAUUACGGCUUAGAGAUUCAGUGGUUUUUAUAAUUUAGUCCAACCCGGGUUAAAAAAAAGGGAAAAACAUUCAUAAGUGUAUUUUUGACUCAUCUGCUCUCUAUCAUUAAUGCCUCACAUUUAAAAGUUUGUUAGAAAGAAGAUUAGGUUUGAGCCAGUCCUGGAAGAUGACGCCGAUCUCUGCCUCUCCGUUCUGAUAGUUCAUCUUGAGUAAAUCACUUCACUUAGAAAGUAAUUACUUGUGGAUUUCUUCAAAAAUAAUAACAGAUACCAAACCAAUAACUUAGAUCAGAUAUUAACAAAGUGUGUGCUUGGCAUGGUAGACAUUUCACACUGGGCAAAUUGUUCCUUUAUUAAAUAUUAAACAGCAGCAGUGGCGGCGGUGGCACGCCAUGAACUGUGUAUUACACAUUAAUUGUCUCUGUUCCUAAAUGGAGUCAAUGAUUCCAGCUCCAAUAUUGUUCCUGUAAGGAAAUGUGCAUGGAGUAAUUUAUGGUAAUGGAGUCACAAAGGCCCGAAAAGGCACAAAUAUGGAGAGAAUAUUAUGUAUGAGCCGUUAAUUAAAAUUGUGAAAGUCAUAAUCAGACACUCAACAUUUGUUAUUACAUUCUAUGAAUAAAUUCCACCAUAUUCUUCA